ACUGUACGCUUCCGGCCGGAAACUCAAUCCGGCGCCUAUGAUUCCGCCUGGGCUUCCGUGGCCCCAGACUUUUCCUUCGGCUUCCUGCAGAAAUGGCAGUGGGUUCGGGGCUAGUGGACUGUCACUGCCAUCUCUCCGCCCCGGACUUUAACAGCGAUCUGGAUGAUGUGUUGGAGAAAGCCAAGAAGGCUAAUGUUAUAGCCCUUGUGGCAGUGGCUGAACAUGCAGGAGAAUUUGAAAGAAUUAUGCAACUUUCAGAGAGAUACCCUGGAUUCAUCCUGCCAUGUCUGGGAGUUCACCCAGUUCAAGAACUUUCACCAGAAAAAUCAAGAAGUGUGACAUUAAAGGAUUUGGAUGUAGCUUUGCCUAUUAUUGAGAAAUACAAGGAUCGGUUGUUGGCAAUUGGAGAGGUGGGACUAGACUUCACCCCCAAAUUUGCAGGCACUGAUGAAGAGAAGGAAGAACAAAGGCAGGUCCUGAUCAGACAGGUCCAGUUGGCCAGAAGACUGAAUGUGCCUUUAAACGUGCACUCACGCUCAGCAGGAAGGCCCACCAUCAGCCUCUUACGUGAACAAGGUGCUGAACAGGUCCUACUGCAUGCCUUUGAUGGUCGGCCGUCGGUAGCCAUGGAAGGAGUAAGGGCAGGUUACUACUUCUCGAUCCCACCGUCCAUCGUAAGAAGCGGGCAGAAGCAGAAGCUUGUGAAACAGCUGCCUUUAAGCUCUAUCUGCUUAGAGACAGACUCCCCUGCACUGGGACCAGAAAAACUGACACGGAACGAACCCUGCAACAUUUCCAUCUCAGCAGAAUUCAUUGCCCAGGUGAAAGGGAUCUCAGUGGAAGAAGUUCAAGAAGUGACGACACAGAAUGCCUUAAAACUGUUUCCCAAGCUUCAGGACCUGCUCCAGAAAUAGCUUCGAAACCUCCUGCCCAUGGCCAGGUCAGCUCAGGACAGCACUGGGGAACAAGUGUUUGCUUGAAUGGUCUCAAGUGAAGAAGCCACUUAUGUGGGCAGCAGUCAGUUUUACAGAAAUGUUUCUUUUAAAAACAAACUCUGGGCUGGAGAGAUGGCUCAACCAUUAGGAGCGCUCUGGAAGAGAAGACUCCCGCAGUUCCCUGAACCCACACUGGGUGGCUUACAACUGCCUGCAACUCCAUCCAAUUCCAGAAGAUGCAACCCCCUCUUCUGGCCUCUUCUGCCACUAGCACACGUGUGGCAUACCCCUAAACAGACACACAUAAACAUAAAUAAAAAAAAAUAAUAAUUUCUGAAAACUUUUUUUAAAAAAAAAUAGAGGAGUUUGACGUGGCUACUGAAACUCUGGGUUCCAACUUUCAAUCAGCUGAUCCAGGAGUAGACUGGGAAAACCCCACAAACACACUAACUUCUGGACUGACUGCUCACUUAACGGGAGAAAGCCUCAAGGAGCCCCCAACCCACUUUCCCCCGCUUAACAAUAAGCUUAUAGAGGAUCCAUGGAUUUUUUUACUUUGAAUAUGUAAUAAUUAGCGUGUGCAUGGAGAAUUCGAUACACUUCAGAUGUGGUCACUAUGCCUCUGGCGUGAUUCCUAGCCAAGGUGCCCACGCAGGAGGUAACCAGGUCUGAUUUGUGCAGGGAAGGGGGCCUUUUCCAGAAGAAAGAGCAGCUGUGAGAGCCCUGUGAUACCCACCCUUUAAAGAGACAAGUUUCACUGUGUGGCCUAGGCUGACCCAGCUUCCCAAGCAGCUGCACCUGAGCCCUACACCGCAGCACCUGGCUAGUAGUAAAAGCUUACCUUCGAGGACGUGAGCAGGCCUCUGUGACGCAGGCUGGAGAUGUUGGCUGUUGAUGGAGAAGAUUACAGGAGAAAAGAGACUGACCCAGCCUGUGCAUACACCUGUUAAUUGAUCCUGGAAUCGGGAAGCCUGUCAUCUGUGCUUAAGCACUGAACUUAGGGCACCAUGAUUUGGCCUAGGAUGAUGGGCUGGAAUGGGGUGAUGGUAGCCAUUGUGAUAUGGUACUAGUCCUGGCAUCUGGGUGAAGAUAUUUUUAAGACUGUAAUGUUUAUUUCAUCUGCUGCUUGGUCACAGUGCCUGUGGCAGUCAUUCUCACAGGUGCUGACAGGCAUCCGGCAGAGAACACCGUGAACCUUUAGGUAACACGCUUCCAAGUUCCAGGACUUCUCAUCUGGGGGAGUGAGUUUACAUCAAAGGGUAUUGGUAGCCACUCAUCCCACUCCCCACCCUCCCCUGCCUCUUGCCUGUGAAUCGGAGCCUGACUACGGGCUUGUACUGUGAAACCUACACUUCUGCGGGUCCCAGUUCCUCCUUCAGAGCCCCCACCAUGUUAUCUGAACUUUCCUCAGAAUCCCUGCCAUGCUGUUGUCUGUCCUGACAUUAAUACCCCUUUUAUUAACAGCACCGGUCUGUCCCAGUGUCCCCGUGAACCCCCAUUCAAGACCUUUCGUUAUUCUAGAGACACUUGUACUUUCUCCUUUUGGUUGGCUGUCAGAAAUUAAAACAAGGAACUAGAAUUUCUCCAGAAAUCACAAGCUUAUAGAAAAGAGACUUUAAUCUGGUGCCAGCUGAAGGAGGAACUUUCUCGCAAGAAGAGAUUAUACAGGUCUGACAACUUAGCAGGUCGCCUUCCGGGACAGAUCAGAACCUGGACACUGAUGUGCCAACCGUGGCUGACAGUACCUCUCGACCAGGAUGACUUAGAUAUACACGCCCCCUCUGUUUAAAUCUAAACCCCACACACAUAUCCUGGUGAUGACCUCUUGACUUCCUCCCAAUGUGGCCACAGCAAAUUGUUUUUCAUUUCUGUCCCCCACCCCCAACCCCCUGAAAGCCUGGCAAGCCUGAAACUCACUAUGUACACCACCCAGGCUGGCCUUGAACUAACAGAUAUUCGUCUGCCCCUGCCUGCUGAGUGCUGAGAUUAAAGAUGUGUGUUAGCACCCAGCCUGGAACAAUGGAUGAGGUCCAGACUGCUCUGUAACUGGUCUCACAGGCUCCUGAAGAAGGAAGAGCCUACAAAAGGGGGUUAUAAUUCCAAAAUUCAGCAAAAUCUCUAAGAGAAAUAUGCAGAUUCUCUGGUCUCUGCUCCUGAGUGGAUUCUCUUCUACUCAAGGAAAAGUACAAACGAGUAAGGGCUUUUAUGUCUGAGUAUCCUCACACAGCCCAUUCAUGCUGAGGAAUCAACCCAGGCCUUGUAUUAACCCGGGCCCUUCUUGUCCAGAGGCCUCCUUAGUAGGUCACUGUCUAGUUGGUUUUGUUUGGCCUCUGGCUCUGCCAUCCCCUCUCUCUGAGCACACUGCGGUGCUGAGAAAGGACAUGUAAGUCUGUCGGAGCUUAGAGAGGAAGUUCCCGCUGUCCAUGGCUCUAGUUACAAUGCUGCACCACUAAUGUUCAUCCCAGAGAACUGGGGAAGCAGCAGGAAUCCUGCGUGCACGUUAGUAGGCUGAACUGAGGGCCCGCAGGAAGCCAGGGCAGAAAAGAAACGCCUGUUACCACAUGCUGACUGAGGGAACACUGACCUAAGGGAGCACUCCAGGGAGAUGAGAAUGUCUGCUGUUUCAGGUAGGGUCAGAGUUCAAAUACAACUGUACUUCUUUCUGAGUUUCUGGCUUUACCUCAAGACUGCUAUAGGGUACACAGGGCAAAGUAGAAGUGUGUAAUGGGAAGUGUGUAAUGGGAAGUGUGUAAUGGGAAGGGCUAAAGGAAGGUAUUAGGAAGGAGGUAGGAUUUAAACCACAAGAAGGCAAAGGAGCCAGAGAACUGCAGCCAGUUCUAAGAAGGCAGAGCCACACCUACAGGAGAGGCGGGAUGGGGCCAGGGAAGGGAGGCUGUGUGUAACCUGGCAUUUGUGGCUCUGUGCUGGCGCCUUAAGAAUAUUGAGCCUUGUCAUCUCUAAUGGGGCUGCUUAGGGUACAAACUGUAGGUCUGGCCUCUCGUUCCUGUCCAGGCAGGGAACAGAGGCUCUGAUAGUCUUGGUACCUCAGAAGACAGAGAUAAGGUCUCCCUCUGGACCCGAGGUAGGCCUCCUGACCUCGUACAAUAAAGAUAAAGUCUCCUUAUCAGCAAAGGCUUGGCUGUUUAUGCUCAGCAGGAUCCUCUACUGUGCAACCCGAACCUGUGUGUCUCUACCUGGAGCUUUGCCUAGCCCUGAGGGCCCUGUGGCAGUGGGCUGGAGGCCAGAGAAUUAGCUAGAGCCAGAGUUGUCUUGCUGUGAACCAAGAGUUUCAUCUCUUCUGUCAGUACCCAGGUUCAUCAAAGUAGGAGGCUAGCUUUCAAGGUUCUUGAAACCAGCCAUUUACUGUUGGGAAGAGAAAGGUUAGCUUUAGUCUUAUUUUGUUACACGUCUCCAGCCCUUUUAGGGACAAGGACCUGAGAUAUGACCCCGGCUGGCCUGAAAUUCACUGUCUUCCUGAUGUUGAGGUUACAGGCAUUCACUAUGACACCAGGUCAAUUUCUUUUAUAGUUAGUAUUUCUCAGUAAUUCACAGACAUUGAAGAUUGAUGGAAGAGAAUUUAUUUGUAUGUCUCUGGACAUGUACUUUAUCCAAAUAUGGCAUUAUCUGAAAGAUAAAAAAUACAUUUAUUGGGCUAGUGAGAUGGCUCAACCACUAAAGGCUAGCCUAGCAAAACAUCAAAAAGAUACAUUUCAGUAAUCUAAUCUGUUGCAGUUUUUAGAAUAACCUGAAGGGCAGAGACAAUCAUUACUCUUUC